AUGUCAACCUGUUCAGAUGAUUUAUGUAUAAUUUAUACUGAACAUAUUUUAAAAUGGAUUGAAGAUCUUGAAAGGGUGGGUUUAUUCGGAAAAAUGUUCCGGGAAGAGAUUUAUUGCUACAAUUAAUUUCUAGAAUAGUGACUUUCCAAACAAAAUGUUUUCUUUUUUUUUUAAAUUGAAUAGUGAUUUUCCAGGUUCCUGAAAUGCAAGAUAAAUUCUCAAAACUGAUGGUUAAAGUUUGGAAGUUGGACAAGAAAACAAAUAAACACGAGAAUGAAUUUUAUUAUUUUUUCACUGGUUUAAAACGGCGAAUCGAAGAAGGAAAAAGUAUCGAGGUCUGAUUCCCAAAUUCAUUUUAAAAAAUCAAGACAAAUCUUCUUUCCAGUUGCGCACUAAACAUUUCCAACACAAAAACAUUUCAUACCAUACAUUCCUUCAAGAAGUAAUGAAAAAAAACAAUGAAGUUGUCGAAUUUUUUAAUCAAAAAUUGUUGGAACAUAAUCUUCCACAUGAUUUGCAAAAUGUGGUUGUUCCAGCAAUCAUCGAAUUCCUCACAGAAGAAGUUCAUCCGGUCGAAUUGUGCAGGUUGAUCCAAAGUUUGGUAGAAGAUGUAGAACGACUCUUAACUGUAAGGUCUACCUCUGAUUCUGAAUUUUGUAAUUUCUAAUGUACAAUUCAGGAUCAUGAAUUCCGCAAAGAUUUUCCAAAAAAAUACAUACAUGGGGAAAGUUAUUUUGACAAUUAUAUCCUGUUUCUUUUCAACAUCACACCCAGAAUGUGCACGAAGUGUGGAUAUUGA